GAGUUGAAUGGGUUUUGAUAACGUGGCAAUGGUGGAUUGGUUCAUAGACGUGGAAGCUGCGACAUUCGGUGUGCGAUCCGUGGAAAUUUGUAAACGUGCAACGUUAAGGAAUCGGCAUCGGAAGUGUGGGGUUUAAGGAGACGAUGAAGCCAUUGCAUUUGUUUCUCUUCUUCAUUCUCUUCUCUUUCACCUUCACCUAUGCCUCCGAACAAAUCUUCCCCGCUCAUAUCGGUAGCAUUUUUGGAGGCGGUGGUGGCGUUGGCGGUGGCGGUGGCCGCUCUCGCGAACCUAAAUACAAGAUCGAAUUCCAUCCCCAAGAUUCCCCUUUUCACCCUGAUGAUGACCAGGAAUUUAUAGUUAUGCCGGAUCAAAAUGGACAGAAAUUUGUAUGUUAUUUACCUAAGGUGGAAAAGGAAAAAAGUGGAAAGCCUGUUAUCCAGCACAAUAUUAGCAGCAUGAUUGUCGAAACUGAGAAAAGGAUUAAACAGAAGACUCCAGAUGAACUGCUAGAAAUAUUAAAGGCUCAAUGCUUUCUCAGACAAGAAGGUUGGUGGUCAUAUGAAUUUUGCUAUCAAAGGAAGUUGCGGCAACUACACGUGGAGGAUGAUAAGGUUGUCCAGGAGUUUGUCUUGGGAGAGUAUGAUCCUGAGGCUACAGCUUCAUUUAACGAAAAUCUUUCUGACAUUUCUACAUUGAAGGAUCCCCGCUCAAAAGAUGCAUCUCAAAGGUACCAUGCUCAUCAAUAUACUAACGGAACGCUAUGUGAUCUUACAAAUAAGCCACGAGAGACUGAGGUGAGGUUUGUAUGUGCGGAACCCAGGGCAAUGAUAAGUUCUAUCACAGAGAUUUCCACUUGCAAGUAUGCACUUACAGUGCAAUGUCCUUCACUAUGCAAACACCCAUUGUUUCAAGAGGAGAGACCAGUAUGGCACACAAUCGACUGUAAUGUGCUUCCAAAGGAUUACGUGGAUGCCAAAGUGAGACAAGAAAACAAAAAUGUAGAGAUAGUUAUGGUCACGGAUUCAGAAAAUGGCGACUCCGAGUCAGAACAAUGAUGUAAAUAUAUAUAAUGAGAAUGGUAAAAGAUCAAUAGGGAGAGUUGCCGGCACUUUUUUCUACUCUAAAAGAAAAAAUGUAUUUUCUACUAAUCCUCUUUCCAAACAGUGGAUAGACAUAGUGCUUUGUGACUUUCAAAAGAGCAGAUUUCAGUGUAGCAUCAUCAAAUAUUUUUUUGAGCAA